AUGAAGCUACUCCGUAGAACUUCCAUAAAGGAUUUAUCUGGAUUCUUAACAAUUUACAAAGUGGCUGGCUUGGCACCAUUUUCAAGAAAGGAUUCAGUUCGUCUGUUCUUGGGAAUCUAUCAAGUUCUGCAUCUGGUACUUGUUGUCUUUUUGUUUUUCUCGGCCUUUUUUAUCUACGACGUCUUCAGCGGGAACACUCUAUCAAGUUUGGUCAGUGGUCUUGUGUUUGUUGCGUUAUCCUUGGCGCAUGUUGUUCUGAAUGUUCAGGCAUUUUGCACUCGAAAGGACCAGCAAAGAAUCCUUGAUAUGUUCCGGUUAAUUGAUUCUGAAUUCCGGGAGAAGCUCACGGUUCGAACGAACACGGAAAGGUGGAAUAGGAAAUACGUUAUCGGUUUUCUGGUCAUUCUCUUGGUAAUCCUGGGUAACGAUGCGAUAAUAUGUUUUUCGAGGGCAAUGAAUCAAUUCACCGAUGGAUUUUGGGUUUCAACUUUUUCAAGGGAAAUCGUUAUAUUGCGGCUUACCCAAUGCAUGCACUACGUGAGUAUGGCAAGUGAACGGCUAAAUUUGUUAAACGCGAAAAUCGAGGAAAUCGUAGCAGUUCGAAAAACCACCCCAACAUUCAUUAUCCUGGAGGAUAACUACGGGAGGAGGCGAUUUAACAAUGGGACCAAAUCUGAAUCAGUUUCGAUUGAAAAGAUUUUGAUGUUGAAACAGAUUUUCGGGCAUAUCUGGGAGGUCACCAAUAUUAUCAACGAUUGUUUCGGAUGGUCCUUGCUGGCGAUUGUUACGUACUAUUUUCUGGAUUUCACUAGUAACGGUUAUUGGCUUUUCCUAGCCUUGGAGCAUUUUAUACCGUAUUUUCUUAUCAUGGAAUGCCUUUGCCGGAUGAUUCCACUUGCCUUUAUGCUGAGCGUGUUAUCAUGGGUGUGUAAUAAUUGCAAACAAACGAGUGAAACGACAGGUUGCCUUGUUCAUAAAUUGGAAAAAUCUACUGAAAGUGAACAGUACAAUGCCCUCGUCAGUGAGUUCUCUUUGCAAAUCAUGCAUGAGCCUUUUCAUAUUUCUGCGAAUGGAUUUUUUACUAUCGAUUUUGAACUCCUUGGAUCGAUGGCUGCUGCUACGGUUACUUACCUUGUAAUUCUGAUACAGUUUUUGCUGAAUGACAAGGGUCACAAAGAGGCAUCAGCUGUAAACGCAACAACUCCUGAAUCAGUUUCAACACCUUGA